GGCAUCGCAACUUCGACGUCGUGCCCUCAGAUUCUGAUGCUCGCAUGAGGGUUGACGUUUUUAGUUCUAGAACCGGAUUGUACUCGGCUCACACUGUGUCGCAAUUGGGUUUGUGUCGGCUCUUCUGAGAAUUCGCUCAUCGGGUCCUCGCCACUCCUCCAGCCAUGGGGAAGGUGCCGGUUAGGCUGAAAGAGGUUGCGUACACCAUCUCCCCCUACCACCAGCAUGUUAUGACGGGGUUGUGGAAGGAUAUCCCUUACAAAUUGAGCAAGAAAUUUCACGAGAACUGGGUGUCCGCCUUUACUUUGGUGGUCCCUAUCGUCGGGACGUACAUGUAUGCUGAAAACUACAGGGAGAAGGAGAAGCUUCACCACAGAUAUUGAAAUGAAGAAAGGAUGGUUAUGUUUACUUAGGGUACUGAAAUCCCCUAUCAUUAUUAUUGAGGACUGUAGGAAUGGGUGAACUUGAUAUGUAAUGAUGAAAGCUACUUUGGUUCACCGUCCGAGACACGUCUCUCCCCCUACAGCAAAUAAUGUUGUCUGUGCUGCUUUUUUGUUACAUUUACAAAUCAAAGUGGUGUUGACCUUGGUUGUUUUCACUUUUUAA